GACACAACAACACAGCGCCAGAAAUCGCUGAUAUUGCCUCCCACGUUCUCACCCCUUUUUGAAACUACAAUAUAUAACUGCAACUAAUAAAUAAGAAGCUGAAUAUUUUCCCAGUUCUCCCUUCUCUAACCUCUCUGCGUCUCCCCUUCAACACUGAAACAAACGAACCCAUAUUCACCUAAAUCUCGGGGGGGGGGGGAAACACAAACAGAUGGGUUGCACUAGAGACAAGCAUAUACGGUCGGCCCGAAGGACCCGAUCGGUGAAACACGAAACCGAUCCUUGCUGUCUUCUUGACAAAGCUUCGAUAUCCAAAUCCAUACUUGAAUCGGGUAUCAAACCCUUGAGUUACCAUUUGGGUGUAAAUGAUUCGACCCAAUGCCCUAAUCUUAACCCUAAUAACAACGCCAAUGCUAAUUUUAAUGAUCAUGGUUGGGGGUAUUGCACUGAGGAAGAAUUAGAGGAAAUUUUGUUGAAAAACCUGGAAUUUUUGUACAAUGAAGCGAUAACUAAGCUUAUAUCGUUAGGUUACGAUGAGGAUGUUGCAUUAAAGGCUAUUUUGAGAAAUGGGCAUUGCUAUGGUGGAAUGGAUGUUUUGACUAAUAUUUUGCACAAUUCAUUGGCUUAUUUGAACAGUAGUUGUGAUAAUAGUAAUGGGAGUAAUUCGGAGGAAUCCGAGUCUGGUUUUCCAGAUUUGAGGCAAUUGGAGGAAUAUUCGCUGGCCGGUAUGAUUUGUUUGUUGCAGCAAGUUAGGCCACAUUUGAGUAAAGGUGAUGCUAUGUGGUGUUUACUUAUGAGUGAUCUUCAUGUAGGUAGGGCUAGUACGAUGGAGAUUCCAUCACUUCCUUCUCCUAAUGGGUGUAGUCCGGUUUCAAAUACCCUAGAGAGUGUUGAUAAUAACGGGGUUGGUGUUGUUUCACCGGCACUGUGUAGAUUUCAUGGUGGUUGGGGGUUUGGGAAUGGAGGUGACUUUGCAGUGAAUGGGUUGUUUUCCUGUGGUGCUGAAAUGACUUUGCAGAGGGAUAUUGAGUGUCCUAAGAGGUUCAACCUUUCACCUUCAAUGAAGUCUUUGUUGAAAAAGAACGUUGCUAUCUUUGCUGCAAGUUUUCGAGCCAAUUCAAAACAAAUGCAGACACAAAAUCAGGCAUGUGUGGGCACAUUGUCUAGUGGGGAUGCCCCUCUGGCUGUUGCUGGGGGUGAGGUUUCUGCUGAGAAAUCAGAGGAGUCACAGAAUUUGAUGAGCCAGGAUGGGGUUAAUUCAGUAUUGAGUAAAUUUCGUGAUUUGAAUAUUGAUGAGAAUUUAGAGCGUGCUGGGGAAGAUCAGAAAAGUGAGAUGAUAAUUUCUCUGCUUCAUCAGAUUAAGGAUCUUGAGAAGCAAGUGAAAGAGAGGAAGGACUGGGCUCACCAAAAGGCAAUGCAGGCCGCAAGAAAGCUUAGUAGUGAUCUAACAGAGCUUAAAAUGUUGAGGAUGGAAAGAGAAGAGAUGCAGCGGAUGAAGAAAGGGAAACACACAAUAGAGGACUCAACCAUGAAAAGGUUGUCAGAGAUGGAGAAUGCCCUGAGGAAGGCUAGUGGACAGGUGGAUCGGGCAAAUGCAGCUGUGAGACGGCUUGAGACUGAGAAUGCAGAAAUCAGAGCUGAGAUGGAGGCGUCUAAAUUAAGUGCAUCAGAAUCAGUCACAACAUGUCUGGAGGUUGCAAAAAGAGAGAAAAAGUGCCUGAAGAAGCUUUUGGCUUGGGAGAAACAGAAAGCUAAGUUACAGGAUGAGAUUGCUGAUGAAAAGGAUAAGAUUAAAGAUCUGCAACGAUGCUUAGCUCGAGUAGAGCAGGAUCAGAAAGAAACAGAGUUAAAAUGGAGAGAGGAGUUAAAGUCCAAAGAACUUGCCUUGGCUCAAGUUGAGGAGGAACGAUGCUCCAAGGAAGCAGCUGAGGCAAGCAAUAAAAGGAAGCUUGAAGCUUUGCGCUUGAAGAUAGAGAUUGACUUUCAGCGUCAUAGGGAUGAUCACCAACGUCUUGAGCAGGAGCUAUCCCGUCUGAAACUAUCUUCUCAAUCUACUGAGUUGAAUCAUCAGUCCGAUAAUUUACUCACAGGAAAGUCAGAAGGUACAAAACCCCAGGGAGAAACAAUUGCUAAGUUGCUUAAUGAAUUAGAUAAGCUAGAGGAUUCUUCUGAGAAAGAAGUUAACGGUGAUAGAGAAUGCAUAAUAUGUUCAAAAGAUGAAGUCUCUAUUGUAUUCCUGCCUUGUGCGCACCAGGUUCUAUGUGCUAAUUGCAAUGACAGUUAUGGGAAGAAGGGUAAAGCUACUUGUCCAUGCUGUCAGGUGCCGAUUGAACAGAGGAUUCGUGUUUUUGGUGCUAGUUCAUAGUCACAUUUUCGGUUUAAGAAAAUACUAUGCAACCAAAGUUUCAUACUUGGUAUUAUGCGGUAUUCUUAUCCUAGCGCCAGUGAGACUGCUGGCUUUUGCAUAUACCUAAACAUGCUGAUACUACUUUAGCAUGAUGAGUUUGUAUGUAAAUAAUUACCGAUGUUCUCUAAGGCUUAUGCUUUAAGCCUUAAAAUAAGUUGAAGCCCGUGCUUGUUUUGUUGCCAUCAGGUUGAGAACCUGAAUUGAGCAACUCUCAUAUGUUCUAUUCAUGACAAUACCAAUCCCAUAGCAUUCAAUGGAUAUAAUGCUUUCCUGGCCUAAA